ACAAUGUCCGGCACUCGAAUGCGCAGCCGCAGCCACACGCGCGGCCACGAGGAACUCAUCCCCGGCACGCGACGCCUAUACGACGAAGAUGGAAACACGCUUCCGGGCGACGACUCACUGCUGAAAUCAGGAGGAAUCGUGCUGGUGCCGCAGCCCACCGACUCGCCCAACGAUCCGCUGCGCUGGGGGUUAUGGCGCAAGAUCUGGCAUUCGCUGCUGGUGCUGUACAUGGUUGGUCUCACAGCCGCAACGUCCAACAACGCGGGAUCUGGCUCCGAUGGUGUCAACGAAGAGUACGGGAUCAGCUACGAUGUUUUUAACACCGGCGCAGGCGUGCUGUUCAUUGGUAUCGGCUAUUGGGCGCUGCUAAGCUCGCCGCUGGUGCACUUGUACGGGCGGCGCCUGGGGUACCUCAUAUCGCUCAUUUUCAACAUCGGAGGGCUCAUUUGGUAUGCGCGCAUAGAUGGUGUUUCUGGAGUCGUGUGGAGCCAGCUCUUUGUGGGUGCUGCGGAGUCAGUCGGCGAGGCUACGGCCCAGCUAUCGCUGCUGGACAUAUGGUUUGAGCACCAAACUGGCAGUGUGCUCGGCAUCUACACCUUUGCGACAGCCAUUGGCACAUACCUCGGCCCUCUCAUUGGCGCCUAUGUAGCGAGCGGGCUGGGCUGGCGUUGGAUAGGCUAUGUCGGCGCUAUCAUCUGCGGUGGCAGCCUCGUCGUCUUCUACUUUGGGCUUGAGGAAACCGAAUUCUCGCGUGACCGUUACCUCACGGCGCGAUCCGAGAGCAUUGUUCUCGAUGCCGAACAGCCCGUGGAGCCCAGCGAGGUCCAAAACGAAAAGUCGCUGCCAGACGAAGCCGCCGCUACCCCCGAUCACAGUCUCUCUGGCUCCCUGUCCGCGCGCAAAACGUAUUGGGACCGCAUCCGCAUCAUCACGCUUGCGCCGAAUCUUCAAGGCACCGGCUUCAAACAAUACCUCCACCGCCUGUGGCACACUUUGCGCGUCUUCACGUUUCCGGCUGUAUGGUACGCGGGGUUGCAAUGGGGUUUCCAGCAAUCAUGCCUCACGUUUUACCUUACAGUACAGGAGGACUGGUGGUACGGACCCCCGUGGAAUUACGGCAGCGCAGCUGUAGGCAACAUGAACCUCCCCACGCUCAUCGGGAGUCUGAUCGGGUGCGCGUACGGCGGGUAUGGCAGUGAUGCAUUCAUGCAGUGGAUGAUUAAACGCAACAAGGGUGUCAUGGAGGCCGAGUUUCGACUUUAUCUCAUGGCGUUGUGCGCGCUGGUUUUCCCAGCGGGACUGUGGCUGUUUGGAAUUGGCAGCGCAAGAGGAUGGAGUUGGCCUGCACCCUAUGUUGGUCUCGGCUUCAUUGGCUUUGGAUAUGGCUGUGCCGGCGACUUGUCCCUUUCCUACCUCGCCGACUCGUUCCCGGACAUGGUCCUCGAGGGCAUGGUCGGCGUUGCCGUCAUCAACAACACGCUCGCCAUGGCUUUUACGUUUAUUGCGUCUCCCUGGAUCGACUCUGGCAUGGAAAAUUGUUUCAUCGUGCUAGGCGUGCUCGGGUUUCUAGUCAUGGGACUAAGUCUACCCAUGGCGGUGUGGGGAAAGAGGACGAGGAGGUGGAGCCGCGACCGCUAUGUCAACUUCGUGGAAAUUAGAGAUGGGUUUUCCAGAUGAGGC